CAUAGUAAUGCAAAAACUAUCAAGCCCUAAAAAUAAAUACAUACAGCUCGUUGGCUAAAACACACUCUCAGCGAUACAAUCGGCGGCGUAGAUAAAUCUAUCUACAUAUACAUACAAUACAUACAGAGCUCUUGAAUCUUGAAGCUGAGUUGACGAUUUUAGUAUUUUAGCAGGAUUAGUGGCUGAGCAAUAUGUCGAAUUUUGCGAAGCCGGAGAAUGCUCUCAAGAGAGCUGAGGAGCUGAUUAAUGUGGGUCAGAAGCAAGAUGCUUUGCAAUCUCUUCACGAUUUGAUUACUUCAAAGAGGUACCGUGCGUGGCAGAAGACGCAUGAGAAGAUCAUGUUCAAGUAUAUUGAGCUUUGUGUGGACAUGAGAAGAGGCAGGUUUGCAAAAGAUGGGCUGAUUCAAUACCGGAUAAUAUGUCAACAAGUGAAUGUCAGUUCGUUGGAGGAGGUUAUUAAGCACUUCAUGGACCUUUCUACUAAGAAAGCUGAGUCUGCUCGUAGUCAGGCACAAGCCUUAGAAGAAGCUCUUGAUGUUGAUGACUUAGAAGCUGAUAAUAGGCCUGAAGAUCUUAUGUUGAGUUAUGUCAGUGGUGAAAAAGGAAAGGAUCGGUCUGAUCGCGAGCUUGUUACCCCAUGGUUUAAGUUUUUAUGGGAGACAUAUCGCACAGUUCUUGAAAUACUGAGGAACAACUCUAAGUUAAUGGCCCUCUAUGCGGAUACUGCACACCGUGCUUUCCAGUUCUGUAAGCAAUACAAGCGAUCUACAGAGUUCCGAAGGCUGUGUGAGAUUAUCAGGAAUCAUUUAGCAAAUCUGAACAAAUAUAGAGACCAGAGGGAUCGUCCUGACCUUUCUGCACCUGAAAGCAUGCAAUUCUAUCUCGAUACAAGAUUUGAGCAAUUAAAGAUUGCUACCGAACUUGAACUUUGGCAGGAAGCGUUCCGUUCUGUGGAGGAUAUCUAUGGGUUGACAUGCAUGGUGAAGAAAAUGCCUAAAACAUCCUGGAUGGCUGUAUAUUAUGCUAAACUAACGGAGAUAUUUUGGAUCUCUUCUAGUCAUCUUUAUCAUGCAUAUGCGUGGUUCAAACUUUUUCAACUUCAGAAAAGCUUUAAUAAAAACCUUAAUCAGAAGGACUUGCAGCUAAUAGCAUCUUCUGUUCUUUUAGCUGCAAUGUCAGUUCCCCCCUACGACCACACACGUCGAGCAUCUCAUUUGGAACUUGAACAUGAGAAGGAGCGCAACAUGAGGAUGUCUAAUCUUAUCGGUUUCAAUCUUGACACCAAGACUGAGGGCAGAGACAUGCUCUCUCGAUCAUCACUACUUUCAGAUCUGAUGUCGAAAGGUGUAAUGACCUAUGUUACUCAGGAGGUGAAAGAUCUUUAUCAUCUUUUGGAGCAUGAAUUUCUGCCUCUGGAUUUGGCAUCGAAAGUUCAACCUUUGUUGGCAAAGAUUUCAAACGUUGGGGGUAAAAUUUCAUCAGCUUCAUCUGUACCAGAAGUACAGCUUUCCCAGUAUGUUCCCGCGUUGGAGAAGCUGGCUACUUUGAGAUUGCUGCAGCAGGUGUCUCAAGUUUAUCAAACAAUGAGCAUUGAGAGUUUAGCCAAGAUGGUCCCCUUUUUUAGUUUCCCGGCUGUGGAGAAACUCUCUGUAGAUGCGGUCAAACAUGAUUUUGUUGCAAUGAAAGUUGACCAUAUGAAGGGAGCUGUUAUAUUUAGUACUUUGGGUCUUGAGUCGGAUGGUCUGCGCAAUCAUCUUGGCUUAUUUGCUGAAAAUUUAAAUAGAUCAAGGUCGAUGAUUUACCCUUCUGAGAGGAAAAUAUCAAAACUAGGUGAGAUGCUGCCUAAUUUAGCCGAAGUUGUUGACAAGGAGCACAAAAGGCUGCUUGCUCGGAAAUCAAUUAUAGAGAAGAGAAAGGAAGAACAAGAACGUCAUCUUCUAGAGCGGGAACGUGAGGAAGAAUCAAAACGGCUUAAGCUGCAGAAAAUAACUGAAGAGGCAGAGCAGAGAAGGCUUGCAUCUGAAAUUGAGCAGAGGAGAAAUCAGAGAAUUUUAAGGGAAAUUGAGGAGAGAGAGCUUGAAGAAGCACAAGCCUUGCUUCAAGAGGCUGAAAAGCGUGGUAAAAAGAAGGGAAAGAAGACAGUUAUGGAUGGAGAGAAAGUGACAAAGCAGUCUUUGAUGGAGUUGGCUCAUAAUGAACAAUUAAGAGAAAGGCAAGAUAUGGAAAAAAGAUUGCAAAAGUUAGGUAAAACGAUGGAUUACUUGGAAAGGGCAAAAAGAGAAGAAGCAGCACCUUUGAUUGAAGCAGCAUUUCAACGUCGUCUGGCAGAAGAGAAGGUGCUUCAUGAACAUGAACAACAGCAAGAGAUAGAGAUAAGCAGGCAGCGUCAUGAUGGGGAUCUCAAGGAAAAGAAUAGGCUGCUAAGGAUAUUGGACAGCAAGAUACAAUUUCAGAAUAAAGUUGUGAAACAUCGGGAAGCUGAGUAUGAGAGGUUGAGAAAGGAAAGACAUGAACGAAUUGAACAAAUCCUGCAGGCACGGAAGGAGGAGAGAGAAAGUAAGAGAAAAAUGUUGUUUUAUUUGAGUGUUGAGGAAGAAAGACUGAAAAAGCUUCAAGAAGAGGAAGAAGCUCGCAAGCGUGAAGCGGCUGAAAGACGCAAGAAAGAGGAGGCUGAGCACCGGGCAAAGAUGGAUGAAAUUGCAGAGAAGCAGAGGCGAAGGGAGCAGGAAGUGGAAGAAAAGAGGAGAAGUGAACUACUUGCUAGGUCUUCUGAAAUUCCUAUUGCAGCUCGUCCAUUGGAAACACCAGCUGCUCCAGAAGUAGCACCUGUUGUUCCAGCUGUUGCAGCACCAGCGCCAGGAAAGUAUGUGCCUCGGUUCCGUCGAGCUGAAGCACAGGCUCCCCCUCCGGAACCUGACCGAUGGGGUAGUGGCCGACAGGAUGAUCGGGCACCCCCUCCUGGUGGUGAUAGGUGGCGUAGUGGAGGUGGUCAAAGACAACCUUGGACAUCAUCCAGGAUCCCCCCAAGGGGUGGCUAAAUUAUCUGGAGCUGGUGUACUUCAACAGUUGGUGAAUCAUAUGAUCGUUUGUUAAGAUAGUUGUUAGACAUCAAACUAAAUGAUAAUUGCUCCUUCAAAUCUUGGUGUUGAAUUUGACAGCUCUCUUUCUGCUAUCUUUCACUGGAGUUGGUAUUCCUGAAGUCUAGAUAAACAUGUGUUUAUACUCUGGACUUGUUAAUCCUGGUACUUAAAAUACCUGUUCAAGUUUUGCGGAAAGCAUCACUCUUCAGUCUUCAGUCAAAACCAAUUCAAAUUUAUACAUACUGUUUUGAGCUUUUA